AUGGUGGAUCACCGGUGGGCGCUGGUCCAGGGCCAGGCCGAGCGACGAGCCCUCCGGCGCUUGCUGGAGCUGAUGAACGAGCAUGACAUCGAGGGCCGGUGCUUGGUCCUCAUGGGUGAUUCCCGGGUGCUGAUCCCCGAGGUCGCUUCCAAGUACAAAGCGGACCUGGUAGUGGUCGGGAGAGGGGGCCGGGGGAAACUCAAACGGUGUCUUCUGGGAAGCCUAAGCUCCCAUCUCGUGCGCCGUUGCCCGGUGCCGGUGCUCGUGGUUCCGCCGGGGCCGGAAGGCAGGCCCCGACCGGAAGCGGCCGAUGAGGGCCCGCAGGAAAGCGCCCGGGGACAGUCAACGGACAUUGUAGCCGGGGCACAACCUAGUUCUUCGGGAGGAUCGAACAGUGAGGGGUCACAAUAUAGUGCCCCAGAAGAAGUGACCGACACUUCGGGGCGGCAAGCUGGUACCUCAAAAAGAUCAAACGACGAGGGUUCAAAAGAUAGUGCCCGGGAAGAUUCAAUCGACACUGCAGGAGCACAUUCCCGUACCGGAAAAGGAACGGCCGAGAAGGCGCGUCAAGAUAAGGCCCCGGGGAACCCAACCGAGCGGGACAACGGCCCACAAGAUAGUACCCGGGGAGAGUCACUCGGCAGCUUGGGGCAACAAGUUACUAACCCGAAAGAAAACGCCGACGAGGGGCGGCAUAACAGGGCCGGGCCGGGAAAGUUUACCGUUUGGCUACCAGAAGUCAGUUUCCAAGGACAGGCAAGAGAAAAGAACCCACAACUCACAAAUCCGGGGAUCGGAACCAACGAUCUGGGGCCACAAGCUGUCAGCCCCCUGAUCGGAAAGGAGCCGGCCAACGAGGGGACACGAAGGGCUAAGCGGAGAUUUGUCGUUCCCCCAGAGAAAAGUGCCCGGGAGGAUGUGCCGUCAGAGGAGAUAACGAUCGACAAAGAAUCGUACAGGUUGAGAUUAAACGUGUCGCUGUAG